GUUGAGCUCGAUAGAAUACAAUGGGUCCUCCCCCGUUGGCAACUUUGUCCCCCCAGAUAGCCAUGACCAUGACCAUCACCUCCAUCUUCAUCCUCUCCUUCUGUUGUGGUUGUGCUUCUGCUGCUACCUUUCAACCACGACCACAGGCAGGCCCCUUUAAGAAGAUGUACGCGUUCGGAGACUCGUACACCGACACGGGCAACACAGGCUCCGCCACCGGCCCAAGUGGCUUCAACUAUGUAUCAAACCUCCCUUACGGCCGCACAUUCUUCCACCACUCCACCAACCGCUACUCCGAUGGCCGCCUCGUCAUCGACUUCGCAGCACAAUCCCUGUCCCUCCCAUACUUGCCUCCUUACCUCCGUCAUAUUAACAGCAACCAAAAGUCAUCGUCAAUGGGUGUCAACUUCGCUGUUGCUGGUUCUACUGCAAUAAUACACAGUUUCUUUGUGAAGAACAACCUCACACUCAACAUCACUCCUCAGUCCCUUCAAAACCAGCUCACUUGGUUCAACAACUUCUUGGAGUCUCAGGGGUGUAAAGGAGGAGGAGGCCCCACAACAACUACCACUACCACCCAAUGCAAUGCAGCAAUCAAUGGUGCUCUCUUCUGGGUUGGCGAAAUUGGAGCCAAUGACUAUGCUUAUACCAUUGGAUCUACUGUUUCCGGCACCACCAUCCAACAGCUUGCAAUCAAGAGUGUCACAGGGUUUCUACAGGCAUUGUUGACAAAGGGAGCAAAGUACAUUGUGGUACAAGGUCUGCCCACAACAGGUUGCUUGCCCCUGGCAUUGGCACUGGCUCCAGAAAAUGACAGAGACGACAUGGGGUGUGUGGCAAGUGUAAACAAGCAAAGCUACAGCCACAACGCUGUUCUCCAGUCCAAGUUGCAAGAUCUGAGAGCCCGGUUUCCUCAUGCGGUCAUUGUCUAUGCCGAUUACUGGAACGCCUGCCGCAAUGUCAUGAAGAAUUCAGCCAAGUACGGCUUCAAGGAGCCCUUCAAAGCCUGCUGUGGAGCUGGGGGCGGUCCCUACAACUUUCAAGCGUUCAGUGCCUGUGGUUCACCCUCCUCUACCUCCUGUCCUGACCCAUCUCACUACAUCAAUUGGGAUGGAGUUCACCUCACUGAAGCCAUGUAUAAGGUGCUCGCUGACUCAUUCCUCAAUGGAUCAUUCUCUCAUCCUCCAUUCCAAUCUCUGCUAACCAGGAAUAAGCAUGCAGCUCCUGGUCUGUACUACUGAUCACCUACCUCAAAGUGUUGUUCAGUUCAAACAAUGGAUGAGGCUAAGAGGAUUCACUCUCUCUGAAAUUUCUGCUUGCGUAUGCAGGAGAAUGAGUCUGGAAUAUAUUAAUUUUUAUAUAUUUUAAAUAAUAAUAUUAUUGAGUUGUAUUACAUAGAUACUAUGGUUACCAGAAGCCAAUUUGCUACGGAGUUUCAAUUCAAUAACUUGUCAUGGAUUCAGAGUUUGAUCCAAACCAACAACAUUGAUCAAUCAUUUUAUCACUCAAAUUCAGUGAGCAAAUAAAUAAGAGCUCUCUUAUCAUAAUAUUACGAUUAA